CAGCGAGCGGGCGCCAUGUUUGUAAGGAAGACAUAACCAGGGCCAGCAGCUCCGCUCGGGCCAACAGCCUCCCCGCCACCCGCCCCCGUUGUGCGACUCCCGCCCCCUCCUCCUCGUGGUGCGUGUGUGUUGGAUGUUGUGACCCCCCCGGCCGGGACUCCCCACCCCCACCCCAUCCCCCGCUCUCCUCGGGAAGCCGCCUCCCGCCUCCCACCAGGCUUGUGGCGAGGCGCAGGGCAGCCCCUCCUGGCCUAGAGCGACCGUUAAAAGUGUCCCUCUCUGGCUGGCCUCACUCAGUCGAACCGUGAGUGGAACCUGCGUCCGCCGCUUCCCCGAGGGGGCCCUGCUGCGCUGCCGUCCCCUUCCCUGCCCUCCUUGAGGAGACGCGGCGCUAGUGCCGUCGUUGCGGGCUCUGUGUGUGUGUGUGUGUUGUGUGUAGUGUAUGGUGUGUGUGUGCGCGCCUCCUCCCUCCCUCCCUCCUUCCUCCUCCUCUCCCAACGCCCCACCACGGGCAGCGGCAGCGAGCAGUGUCCUGCCUUCCUCCUCCUCCCCGCACACACAGCCAGAGCCAGCACAAUGGCCUUUGAAAGCCUGUUCUCCAAGCCCCCAAACCCAGUUCUUGACCAAAACAUGCCCGACUCUGACAGGCAACAUGCAGGGGACGAAAGAGAGGAUGGUGAACUCGAAGAUGGUGAAAUAGAUGAUGCUGGAUUUGAAGAAGAUAAGGAAGAACAGGAUGCAAAAGUUGAAGAUAAACAGAAAAAUGAAAAAGCCCAUAGAAAAUCCCGAAAGAAGCGUAAAAAAGAAAAAGAGAAGAAAAAAUCAAAAAGGAGAAGACGAGAUAAACACAAGCAUAAUUCCCCUUCUAGUGAUGACAGUUCUGACUAUAGCCUUGAUUCUGAUGUUGAACGUACAGAAAGAUCCCAUAAGAAAGGAGCUGGUUUCUACAGAGAUUAUGAGUCUUCAUUUCUUCAGCAUGGGCAUAUUUCAGGAAAAUAUGCCUCCUCACAGAAGACGCAGCAUAAUAAAAAAUCAAAGAACAAGGACUAUGAAAAUUACAGUGAUGAUAAUUUUGGCUACAAUGAGGAUGAAAAAGAGGAUUUUGCUGACCAAUUAAAACAAUAUAGACAAGCUAAAGAAGCUUCAAAUGCUGAUUUAGAAACUCCAGUUUCAAAAGAACCAGUGAAAAAACAAGGAAUGAAAGGGAUUCAGAAAGGUGCACAGACAGGCAACAGUUAUGGUAUUGGCCGAGGGCGUGGCAUUCCGAAGAAACUGAAGCGCAAAGACCGUGGAAGGGGAAGAGGGGCAAAUAAAGGACCUGAGGAGGAAAUGAAGCCAGUGAAAAAAUGGCCAACUAUGAGUCAGGCAUUCAUAAAUCAGCAUACUGUGGAACACAAAGGAAAACAAAUUUGCAAAUAUUUCCUAGAGGCGCGAUGUAUUAAGGGAGACCAAUGUAAAUUUGAUCAUGAUGCAGAAAUAGAGAAGAAAAAGGAAAUCUGCAAAUUUUACAUACAGGGUUAUUGUUCGAAAGGAGAGAACUGUAUUUACAUGCACAAUGAAUUUCCUUGCAAGUUCUAUCAUACAGGAGCAAAGUGCUACCAUGGUGAUAAGUGCAAGUUUUCUCAUGACCCACUAACUAAAGAGACAAAAGAACUACUUGAUAAGGUAUUGAAUACUGAAGAGGAACAACAAAAUGAUGAUGAGAAAGAAGUGGAAGAACUGAGGAAGCGUGGGAUAGUGCCUCUUCCUAAGCCACCUCCAGGAGUUGGACUUUUGCCAACCCCACCAGAACCAUUUUCAUUUGCUGAGGAAGAUGCUGAAAACUUUCAGGACCCCUCUGGAGAAUUCAAGAAAAUUCCAUCUCUUUUUGAGAUAGUGGUUAAACCUACUGUGGAUUUAGCACACAAGAUUGGAAAGACUCCACCAGCUUUCUACAACAGCACAUCACCACCAGGGCCAGAAUUUGAAGGAAGUGAUCUACAUUUGUACAAUGCAGAAUCAAGCCCAGGGCAUAAUGGACCAGCAGGACUCCCAGGUUCUCCUGGGCAUCCCUGUAUAGGCCCAGCAGUACCACAGAGUCCACCUUUGCAGGCAGUUCCUCCGGGUUACAUAGGACCACAGGGUCAAGCAGGUGGACCUAUGCACGGACAGCAGGGUGGCCCACCUUUAACACCACCUGGUGCAUCAUAUGGCUGUGGAAUUGCUCAAGAACACAUGGCAAACAUGCCUAGAGGCAAUCAUUGUCCACCUGGUCCACCGUAUCAGCAGAUUCCUGGUGAACGACAGCCAAAUACUGCUUACGAGUCUCUUCAAAAUCCAGCCAACUUCUAUGACAAUUAUUAUUCACAUCAGGCUGUACAUAACUUCCAGACAACCAACAACUCUGGUGAUGGAACAUGGCAAGGAGAGUUUCUGGAUCACCAGCCUCACCACAUUUCUUCAGAUCCACAUAACAGCAGUGGAACUGAAUAUGAGUCAGAUUGUGCCACUCCAGCAGGCCACAAUCCAGCUAUUAAUGUACCAGAUUUUCUACCAGCAAUGCAGAAAGCUCUUUUUGUAAGGCUCAGUCAAAAACAACAAGAUGGUGGAGAGCAGAUGAGCAAUCAGUGUCAGAGGUCACUGAGUAGAGAAGAAGAUGAUAAUGUCAACUGGUACUCCAGCAGUGAAGAGGAAGAAGGAAGCAGUGUUAAAUCAAUACUAAAAACCUUAAAGAAACAAAGUGAGACAUUUAGGAAUAAGCAACAGCAGUCAGCUGAUCAGCAGUUGCGUGUAAUGCCUACUGACCCAAGGCUUGCUAAAGAGAGAGGCCCAGGAACCCAGGCUGUUGAUCCCAGGCUGAGAUCAGCUUCAAGAUCCAAUGUUCGAAAACCUUCAGAUUCAGCUUUGGACCCAAGGCUUGCACGAGAUCCUAGAAUCUUAAAGGGUAAUGAAAGCAGUCACACAAGCUCAUCUGCUGGUGGAGCAAAGCUAGAUUUGCAUCACACAUACCCUAAUGUUAAGAUUACACAAAAAGGGCUGGAAGAAGAAGAAGAGGAUGCAGAACGAGAGCUGAGAGAGCGAGCUUUUCUGAUACCAUUGGACCCCCUACCUGGAGUAACGUUGCGGGAUCCAAGGUCUCAGCUUAGACAGUUCAGCCACAUCAAAAUGGACAUUGUUCUGAGCAAACCCAACUUUGCUAAACAUAUUGUAUGGGCUCCUGAAGAUUUACUCCCAGUACCAUUGCCGAAACCCGACCCUGUAUCCUCAAUCAAUUUACCCCUUCCUCCACUGAUAGCUGACCAGAGAUUUAAUCAACUACGGAAUAUCAAAAGUGAUCCUAUCCCAAGUGCAAUGCCAUUGGACCCAAGACUGGCAGCAAAAGCAAAAAACUCAAAUUUAGCAAAUAGAAGCGUCUCUUUGGACCACUCUACAGAUUCACAUCCUGGUAACAUAGCAAGCAAAUUAGGAGAUCCACGCUUGCAGAAAAUUGUUGACCCCAGACUCCACAGACUGUCUAGUACAGAUUCUCACCAUGGAAUAAUGAAAGACACUCUGCCUCCAAAAAUGGACCCUAGAUUAGCCAAAUCUAGUGCUGGUACUUCACAGUCCUCAGAAGUUGCAAAUUUCCAAUCGGACACUGAUGUCUUGCCUCCAUAUGCACCCAAGUUAUCCUCUGCUAGUACUAGACUAGGCACUCCUAGCUCAUUACUUAGUGGCAUUAGUUUGUAUGAUCCAAGAAAUAAUACUUCAUCAGAGCCCUCUCCAGUUAAUUCAGGGGAGAAUGGAGAGAACCAGAAAAAGGGAAUUUUGAAAAAUACUGGCCAAAACGAAGCUACUCUGUCCGAAGAACCGGUGCUUCAAAAACCAUCCCCAAAUGUGGAAAAAAGCCUGGAAGCUUCUGGAGAGGCCAAUCCAGAUAAAGUGGGUAGUGUCAAUAAAACUCAAGCGAAACACUCGAGUGCUGCCCCAGCAGUACACAAUCUUCCCAUCCAAGCUUUAUCAGGCUUGAUCAGACCACAGUACAGCGAUCAAAGGCAAGUGAAGCAGCCUGGGCAGGCCAGUCAAAUGCCAGAGAGCGAUCCCAAUGGCGAAUCAGAUGACAAAUCACUGAAAGACGUUUUCAAGACUUUUGACCCAACUGCUUCACCUUUUUGUUAGCUAUUGGUUUAUUAAGACUUUUUACCAUUGUGAAUAAUGCAGGUUUCUGCAGUUUUGUAACUGGUUUACCUCUAUGCUUUAUUUAUUUUUAAAUUAUAACCAGAAACACUUUUGGGCUGCUAUUUUCAGAACCACAUGCAGUAAUACAGUAAGCUAUAGUGUUUGCCAAGUUGGUAUUUUCUAUGUAAUUUCCCCAUUUCAGGGAGACUAAUAAAUGAUCUGUUAAAAAUAGGUAUAUCAUGUUAGAGCUAAGAGAAGCACCUUCAUUGUAAAUAAUCAUUAUUAAGGAUUCAAUUUGAAGACUUGUAUAUGUGUAAUGUCUUUUCAAAAUCAACAUUUAGAGAAUGUUUGCCACUUUUGUAUGAUUGUAUAGGUUCAAGCAAUAUAAUGUACAUUACUGUGAGAGAUACUAUUUAAGAUGAGUUAUCAAGCCAAACUUGCUAAAUAAAAUAAAAAUAUUGAUCUUUUCUGAGCAUUUGACACAAGGCAUCAUUUUUUUAUUCAUGGAAUUAAUAUUCUUAGCCUAAAAUAUACUGUAUUGCAUAUUGAGGAGCUGAAACAACUUUUUAAAGUAUUUUAUUCUAUGCUGUAUAUAGAAGAAAUUGCAAAAGACAUAAUUGGAACAUUAUUGUUUAACUAGGGAGGGGAGAACCUAAGUUGUAUGUGUAAAAAUGUAUUUACUUUUUUCAUGUGUACACUAUUAUCAAUUAGUGCUAUGUCACAUUGUGGUGUUCAUGUAUUCAAUGUAUUUUUGUAUUCAACUGCUUAAUUUGUAUUGCUUUUUUGUAUUGAUGUAACUAAAGUAACAUGUAUUCAUGUGUCCAUACGACAUUUUUAACAAAUUAAAAAAAGAUAGUGAAGAUCUCUA